AUGUGGGGCCCCGGGGCGGCGGCCGACGGCCCCGGGGUGGUGCCCACGCUGCUGCUGGCGCUGGUGGCGCUGGCGGUGCCCUCGCGGGGCGGCGGGUGCGCCGAGCUGGCGUGCGGGGAGCGGGAGCGCUGUUGCGCCACGGCCAACGCCACGGCCGUGCGCUGCUGCAAGCUGCCCCUGCACGCCUUCCUGGACGGCGUGGGCUGGGUGGUGCGCAAGCUCUCCGGGCUGCUCAUCCUGCUGGUGCUCUUCGCCAUCGGCUACUUCUUGCAGCGCAUCAUCUGCCCCAGCCCGCGCCGGGCCCCGCGCCCCGGCCAGGCGGGCCCCUCCGCGGCCCCCGACGCCCACGACGCCGACGACGCGCCCAGCGCGCUGCUGCGAGACGAGGUGGCCUCCGGCUCCCAGGACUCGCUGCUGGACCGCGGCGGCCCCCCCGAGCGCCUGUCGCCGGGCUUCCUGCAGCUGCCCAGCUACGACGAGGUCAAGUACCUGCCCACCUACGAGGAGUCCAUGAGGCUGCAGCAGCUGGGCCCCGGCGACGUGGUGCUGCCCGUGUCGGUGCUCGGCGCCCCCGAGCCCGCCCCCCGGAGCCGCUUCCCGCUCAUCUGAGCCACCGACGAGGUCUCCGUUCGGACCCCGAGUCCCUCCACCGCCGUUGA